AUGCGGGAGCCCCGCGGGCCGGAGGAGUCGGCGUCCGGCUGCGCGGCCCCGUGCCUGGCGUCCUGCUACGCGCAGCGCGUGCUGCAGGCCCUCGACGCGUUCCGUCGGAGCGGCACCCUCACCGACGUGGUGCUGCGCGCCGGCGGCCGCGACUUCCCGUGCCACCGCGCCGCGCUCAGCGCGGGCAGCGCCUACUUUCGCAGCCUCUUCGCCGCCGGGCGCCCGGAGCGAGGCCUGGCCCUCGUGCCCGUGGAGGCGCCGGGCGCGGAGCCGGCCGGGGCGGCGGCGGCGCUGGCCGUGGUGCUCGACUACGUGUACGGCGCGGGCGUGCGGCUGCGCGCCGAGGACGAGGCGGCCAACGUGCUGGCGCUGGCCGAGCGGCUGGGCGUGGCGGGCCUGCGCGACGUCUGCGCGCGCUUCCUCGAGGGCCGCCUGCGCGCGCACAACAGCCUGGCGCUGCGCCGCGUGGCCGCCGCCUUCUCGCUCGCGCCGCUGGCCGAGCGCUGCGGCCGCGUGCUGCGCCAGGCCUUCGCCGAGGUGGCGCGCCACGCCGACUUCCUGGAGCUGGCGCCCGACGAGGUGGCGGCGCUGCUGGCGGACCCCGCGCUGGGCGUGGCGCGCGAGGAGGCGGUGUUCGAGGCGGCCAUGCGCUGGGUGCGCCACGACGCGCCGGCGCGCCGUGGGCAGCUGCGGCGCCUGCUGGAGCACGUGCGCCUGCCUCUGCUGGCGCCUGCCUACUUCGUGGAGAAGGUGGAGGCCGACGAGCUGCUCCAGGCCUGCGGCGAGUGCCGCCCGCUGCUGCUCGAGGCCCGCACCUGCUUCAUCCUGGGCCGAGAGACGGGCUCGCUGCGGGCCCGGCCGCGCAGAUUCAUGGACCUAGCCGAAGUGAUCGUGGUCGUCGGCGGUUGUGACCGCAAGGGUCUCUUGAAGCUGCCGUUCGCCGACGCCUACCACCCAGAGAGCCGGCGCUGGACGCCGCUGCCCAGCCUGCCUGGCUAUGCACGCUCCGAGUUCGCCACCUGCGCUCUCCGCAACGACGUCUACGUCUCAGGAGGCCACAUCAACAGCCGUGAUGUGUGGAUGUUUAGCUCCCAUCUGCACACCUGGAUCAAGGUAGCCUCGCUGCACAAGGGCAGGUGGAGGCACAAGAUGGCGGUCGUGCAGGGGCAGCUGUUUGCGGUGGGCGGCUUCGACGGCCUGCAGCGCCUGCGCAGUGUGGAGCGCUAUGACCCCUUCUCCAACACCUGGGCGGCCGCCACGCCCCUCCCAGAGGCCGUGAGCUCUGCGGCGGUGGCGCCCUGUGCCGGCCAACUCUACGUGAUCGGGGGCGCCGGGCAGGACGGCAUGAACACAGACAAGGUGCAGUGCUUUGACCUCAGAGAGGACCGGUGGAGCCUGCGGUCACCAGCACCUUUCUCACAGCGGUGCCUCGCCGCCGUGUCCCUGGAGGAUACCAUCUAUGUGGUGGGCGGCCUCAUGAGCAAAAUCUUCGCCUACAACCCUGGCACCGAUGCCUGGGGGGAGGCUGCAGCUCUCCCCAGCCCCGUGGAGAGCUGUGGCCUGACUGUGUGUGAUGGGAAGGUCCACAUUCUUGGCGGACGGGAUGAUCGCGGGGAAAGCACCGACAGAGUCUUCACCUUUGACCCCAGCAGCGGACAGGUGGAGGCCCAGCCAGCCCUGCAGCGCUGCACCAGUUCCCACGGCUGUGUCACCAUCGUCCAGAGCCUGAGCAGGUGACUCAGGCUGGGACAGCCCAAGCCAGGAGCAGAGAGGCAGAGGGGAUUCAGGCGCACCACUCUGCGCCCCUCCCGACACUGCCCUGUAAAUAGCCCCUUAGUGCUCCUUUUUUGUAGA